AGUAGGUCGCAUUCCUGUCAUGAGAAAGAUUCAAAUACCAUGCAAUGCGCUAAAAGUUGCGCAAAUGCCGCGAAUUUACUUGAAUCUGCUUGUUUAGAAGUAUGAGGUGCGGGUAGUGCAUUUUAAACAUGUUGGAGAGAAGCCGGACCCUGUUAUUUUAAUAAUUUUGUGUAAUGAAAUAUGUCAGACAUUAAACGUGCAAUUUUAACGACACUAGAACCGCAAAAAGUGAAUGAUAAGGCAGCGAAGAAACAGUGCAAGUCUGUGAGAAUAUGUGUAACGUUACCCGAAUCAAACGAAGACAAGUGUCCAGAAUACAACUAUAAGGACGAGCUAGCAGCAGCAAAGAAAAAAAUAAAACAGGGUUUAAAAGAACCGUCAUCAAGCUUGAAUGGAGGAGCUGGAGCGGAUCCCUUCGAUAAUGAGAACGAUGAUGAUGUCCGUAGGAUCGCGCUUGAGAUGGAAGCAAAAUAUGGCUCCAGCGUGACCGGGGGCGUAAAAAAGCGACGCAGAGGUCGCAAGGAUGACUACGUGGACAUCGGGGCCGGCUACGACGAGUCGGAUUCCUUCAUCGAUAACACCGACGGCUAUGAUGAAAUCAUACCGCCCAAUGUCACAACGCUGCGAGGCGGCUUCUACAUCAACAGCGGGGCCCUCGAGUUCAAGACUGAUGACGAGGCCACGUCGGAGGUGUCUUCCUCUAGCAGUUCGGAGGAUAGCGGUAGCGAGGAGGACGAGAAGCAGGAGGACAAACAGAAACGAAAGAGGCCACUGGACAGUACAGACGAGGAGGACGACGGAGUAGAAAGUCACGGAAGUUCGGAGAGCCAAGGAGAUAAAAAGAAAAAUGGAGACAAGCCAAAUAUUAGUAUGCAUCAAGCCAUUAAGAAAAAGAUGUUCAGCACGGAGAAGAUUCAGGUUAAGAAACAGCGACUGAUUGAACAAUCCGCAGAGAAACCAGCAGAAUUAAAUUCUGAUAACGUAGAUAAAGACUCAUCUAAAGAAAAUAAGAAGCCAAUGAGAUUAAGCAGUGUAGCAGAUGCUAUCGAAUCAGUUAUCAACAGGGCCGAACAGCUGUCCAAAGUAGCGAAGUCUCCCCAAAUAACCAAGCCCGAAGAAAAUCAUCCUAUUAAAACCAUCGAUGAUAGAAUCGCCCAGUAUACGUCGGAAACUGAAGCUGAUUUUGCCAGGACAGAGCCAAUAAAGUUACCAGAAAACCUGCCUGCUGAUAUAGUACAGCUCAUAGAAAACAUAAAGAAAACAGCAAGGAACUACAACUAUAAAGAUGGAGGAAGAGUGAAAUUUUUCACUCCUGAAGUCAACAACAUGUUUUUAAAUUUAGAAUGUAAGUGCAAAAUUCUUGGAAGAUCGUCUAGAGUGAAAGUUUACGAACAUUUAGCCUAUUUCGUGAGGUGUCGAAAGGAAACCCUCGUCAAACGUGCCAAAAAUCUCGUCCUGGAAGAUGAACAGAGAAAACUGCGGAAGACUAUAGAAAAGUUGAAAACGCAAGUGGACCAACUGAUGCCCUCGCUAAUAACUGUUUAUGAGAAGGAAUGUCAAAGGGUACUACAAAAGAAAUUUUCACAAGAAGCCGUUAACAAUGAGGAGCUUAAGAAUCUUAAAGCACCGAGAAGACGGUUUCCAUUAACUGAGGAUAUAAAACGAAUGAUACGGGACAUUGUCAGCUUCAAAAAACGAUGUUACUUGCACGAAGGAAGGAAGAAAGAUGACCUGGAAAACCUUCUCGCCGAUUACCUUAAAAAGGAGAUCCUGAUUCUGUGGCCCGAAGGCUGGAUAUCUAUGGCGGUUCUGAAGAAAUUCUGCGCGAAUAACGUCAUUAGAACGCCAAAUCCCAAAGCGACAAAUCCGGGGGCCAGUUCGCGACCUCCCCAAAAACCGCCAAUACCUUCAUCCGGUUCCUCGGUGAUCAGUUUCAGCGCGGGCAGCAACCUCACCAUAACGCCAGUAAAUUUAAGCGAGAAAUUUAGCAAUAAUAACCUUAACACGAAAGAGAAAGCGCCUAUAGAAAAGCGGUCCGAACUGAAAGAGUGCAAGGAAAACGGAGUAAUCGUCAUUCACUCUUCGAAGAGUAAGGAAGAACCUGUGAUACCAAAGCCUCCUCACUGCCAGAUAAUCGAUCUCACCGAAUCAAUAUCGUCCAAAGCGAAGAGUUCUGAAACUAGCGCGGGGAAGUUUCAUUUUCCGAUCGAACAUUCCGAAUCGUUAGCGUUAGAGAAGACUUUGAAAAGCAAAUAUGCGGAAAUAAAUAUUGGACAGUCGUCGAACGCUCAGAACGAUAUAGAAGACGUGCAGAAGGUGAUCGACAGUUUGAAAGCGUUGCACAAGCUGUCGUCGCCUUCGAAAAAAGAGGCGGGAAAAGCGUCGUCGGUGUCCGUCAUCGCGCUGAACAAGAGCUAUUCGAAUUCGAGCUCCAGUCAAGGGAGCGCCGGGGCCGCCACAGAGCGAACCAACUUUACCGGAUCGUUGGGCUACCAAGACGAGUUCCAAAAGCAGUUCAUUGGUUCGAUAGGUAAUUUGAAAUCUCCACCGCCGCAUUCGUCAAAAUCGGGCUACAAUAAAUGUAGUUGAUUUGGUUUUUCAUAAACUUUAUUUUUCGUUUUGCUUUUUAUGUAUAUUAUCUUUUUAUAUCGCAUAUGCAAAACUGUGUAUAUUCAAAAUUUAUUGUGUACAUAUUAAUCUUUUACUGCCCCCCGGUUUUUUUUUUAAAUUAUACUUUUUUCAUGAGAUGUCAAAAUUUGUUAUUGGCAAAUUUAAGGUCAUUCCUGAAUAUUUAUUUGUGCUGUAAAAUAAAAUACUCUCGUCCACAAGU